GGCAUAUGUAUAAAACCGCCUGCUGGGAUCUGCCGCGCUUCCUUCCACUCCACCGAAGCCAACCCAGAGCCAUGACUCCGCGACGCCGCAUCCUGGCUGUCUUGGCCGCUGUCUGCAUCCUUUUGCUUCUCCGCUCACAUGGUGCCCCAGUGUCCCCCACAGGCACUCAACUGUUGCUGUGCCAGUCACACGAGCGAUGCGGGGACCAGUUCUACGACCCCCGGCAGUACUGUUGCUAUGACGACGCCAUGGUACCCUUGGGCAGGACCCGGAAGUGCGGAAACUGCACCUUUAGGGUCUGCUUCGAGCAGUGCUGCCCGUGGUUGGUCAACAGGCCCCAGGAGUCCUUCGUGGUGAAGGUGAAAGGUCAAAACUGUUACUCGGCCCCAUCCUCGGAUGAUCGGGUUUGUGGCAGGAGCAAAACAGGAGGCACUCUGUGAAUUCUGCAACCUUACAUAUUCGGUCAUGGUGGGACCUCGAUGCACACGGAGUCCUUUCUCCACUUCCCAAGGCGGCAAGACAACAUCCACUUUUCCACUUAAGAACAAAUUUCAAGUUACCAUGACCUCCUGGUUACACUGAAUAAAAAUUCCAUUUCAAUCACAA